AUGGGCACUGUGAAUGUCAUUGGUGGGUUUCCCUGGUUACCAACGACUGUCACAGGUGAGUGUACAUGGCUACCACUGACUGUCACAGGAGGGCUGUACCUGGGUACCAUUGUCACAGGAGCGGUGUCCUUGGUUACCACUGGCACAGGUGGUGUGUCCCCGGUUACCACUCUCACAGGAGUGGUGUCCGUGGUUACCAGUGACUGUCACAGGAGGGGUGUCCCUGGUUACCACUGUCACAGGUGUGUUUCCCUGGUUACCACUGACUGUCACAUGUGGGUGACCCAGGUUCCCACUGUCACAGGAGGGGUGUUCCUUUUUACCACCGACUGUCACACGAGGUGUGUCCUGGUUACCACCAACUGUCACAUGCAUCAGUACCUUGGCACUGUGAAUGUCACAGUUGGGUGUCCCUGGUUACCUCCGACUGUCACAGGUGAGUGUACAUGUCUACCACUGACUGUCACAGGAGGGCUGUCCCUGGGUACCAUUGUCACAGGAGGGGUGUCCUUGGUUACCACUGGCACAGGUGGUGUGUCCCUGGUUACCACUCUCACAGGAGUGGUGUCCGUGGUUACCAGUGACUGUCACAGGAGGGGUGUCCCUGGUUACCACUCUCACAGGUUUGUUUCCCUGGUUACCACUGACUGUCACAUGUGUUGA